AUGGGAACACUGACAAGGGGCCAGUAUUCAGAUGUGUUUGUGCUUCGUCUUCAACUUACUUUCACGUAUCCCUUUGAUGACUGUGUCAACUGGUGGUAUAAUUGUUUUGAAAACAGGCAUAUACAGCAAAUAGGAAGUUGCAAUUAUGACGAAUGGCCACCUGCAUUGGAAAAGGAUGAAUACAAACUGGGGCAUAUGCAAAGGAAAGUUACAGGUUCGGCAACUUCUGAACUGUCUCGUGAGAAGAAACGAAAAGCUUGGGUUGUUUGUCUGGGGCUACAGAAGUUAGAGGGAGAUAGGAUUAUUGAUGGUAAACUUAAACACAUGCAGGGAAACAGAGCUUUUAAGAUUUCUCAUAUUGGAAAGCUGAAAGAUUUUCUUCUGCAACACAGAAAGGAUUACAUUAAUGCUUACAGCCAUAUUAUGUCUGAGUAUGUGAGGAUGACAGAUACAGAGCGUGAUCAGAUAGAUCAAGAUGCUCAGAUAUUUAUGAGGACGUGUGCCGAUGCCAUUCAUCAGCUGAGAACAGAAGCACACAAGGGUGUCCAGUCUGCUCAGGUAAAGGACCACAGGACAGCUGUCUUGGACUUCAUUGAAGAUUACUUAAAAAGAGUGUGUAAACUGUAUUCUGAACAAAGAGCCAUCCGAGUUAAGCGAGUGAUAGAUAAGAAGAGACUGUCCAGACUUGAACCUGAGCAGAGUAACGUGUCCAAAUCACCUUUUUCCCCUGGAAAAUCUUCACAGAAUUCUUUAGAUGAUUCUGAAGAAAAACUUUCUGCUGAGGAAAGCAAAGACAGGAAUCUGCCUGAUGCCCAAAGUAACCUUGGAUUAUGGGGGGAUGGCAAAGGUGAAGAUGAACUGUCACCUGAAGAAAUACAAAUGUUUGAGCAGGAGAACCAGAGGCUUGUUGGUGAAAUGAAUAAUCUCUUCGAUGAAGUCAGACAAAUUGAAGGAAAGGUGGUGGAAAUCUCCAGAUUACAAGAGAUAUUCACUGAAAAAGUCUUGCAACAGGAAACAGAUAUUGACAAUAUCCAUCAACUAGUUGUGGGUGCAACAGAGAAUAUCAAAGAAGGCAACGAAGACAUCAGAGAGGCCAUCAAAAACAAUGCUGGAUUUAGAGUAUGGAUCCUGUUCUUCCUUGUGAUGUGUUCAUUCUCCUUGCUUUUCCUGGACUGGUAUGAUAAUUAAUCAAAAAUCUAUUAUUGUCCACAUGCUUUGUUUGUAA